AUGUGUGUAAAUCGUGUUUUCAAUUUCAACAAAGGUUCGGUUAGCACGUUUUUUAUGCCCGGAGUUAUGGUUUCAAAGAUGGAAGACUUUUCCCGGCUCAGGGAAAAAUACAAAUCACAACGCCAUUUUCAAGACGAGACACACAUUGCCUUAUCUGACCCAAUUGAGGAGAUAAUUCAAAGCUACGAAGAUGUGGGCGUUCCAUGUUUAAAAUUAGAUUUUGCAUUGCUUUUCAGAGGCGAAUUUGAAGGAAAUGGAUGUGAGAGAUUUGAAAAAGGCAAACAUGUUGCUUCUUGA